AUGACCCUGCUCUUGUUAAAUCAGUGGAAGAAGCAGGCAGGCGGCGCUCAAGAUGCAAGUGCUUUUCUUCUGGCGCUCGAAAGCGAAAAAUCUUCCAUGAGAGAAAAGGAGAUCAUUAUAAAUGCGUUCGAUGACUGGGAAGUUUUAACUCCAACGUGGUUCGAAGUGUACUACUGUUUGGGAGAUUACGACAGUGCUUUACAAUACGCUUUGGCUGCUAAAGACAAGUUUCAACUUUCACCUAGACCAUCGUCAUCUUUAGUUGGUUCGCAAGACGAACAGUAUGUAAAUAAAAUGAUUGAACACGCACUGGACAUUUACAAGAAGAGCAGACGGACGGAGGAACAUGUUGCUCCUCUAGAACGUUUAGUUGAUCGUAUAUUUGAGAGGAAUAUGAAGCGAAAAGAGCUGCGUUAUGUGAUUGGUUUGGCCCUUGAUACACGUCGUAUUGAUAUGAUUCUUAAGGCGGUUAAGGCAGCUGACGACAAGGCAGUUUUGUUGGCAGAAACCGCUGCAAAAGUUCUUGAAUCUCAAUUAGACCGACCUUUUAGAAGCACGGUAUUGGAUCUUUUAUUAAAGCUAUUUUCCGAGCAAGAUGAGCCGGAUUUUGUUGCAAUGUGUCAGUGCCUAAUCAGGUUAGAAAAACCUGUUGACGUAGCUGACAUACUAAGCCGUCUUGCAGGUAGUAAGGGUGACAAUGGUGUAUUGUUAGCAUAUCAGAUUGCUUUUGAUUUAUAUGAAAAUGCUUCCCAACAAUUUAUAAACAAAAUCGAGAAAGCGCUUCUUGGUGAGGACCCUACAAAACAUCGAGCUUCAGGCGAUGGUGAUGCCUCUACUUCGGAAGAAAAACCAGCCGAAGAAUCAGAAGAACUUAUGGAAGUAACAAGUUCUGUAGCGGACCCCAUUUAUGGGGACUCUGACCCCUUGCUUGAACCUUCAACAGCAUCGAAGAAAAACGCUUCUUCAACAACAGAAGGUGUCACUGCUCCAAAGAUUGAAGGGAUAGUAGGAGAACGUUUACGUUCAAUCUUGCGUGGAGAACAGACUAUCAAGCAUCAUAUGCAAUUCCUAAUAAAAAAUAACCAUACAGAUAUGUUGAUAUUAAAACAAAUGAAGGAAAGUGUGCGAACUGCAUCAGCGCAUAACGCUACGGUGAUUGCGAAUGGUCUUAUGCAUUUAGGAACUACUACUGAUGACUUCUUGAGGGACAAUUUAGAGUGGAUCAGUAAAGCUACAAAUUGGAACAAAUUCAAUGCUGUGGCUUCACUUGGCUUAAUACACAAAGGGCAUGAAGCUAAUGCACAAAAAUUGCUUGAACCGUAUCUCCCUCGUGGCGAACAAGACCAGUUUGGUUUCAAGGAAGGCGGCUCAUUGUAUGCUUACGGUCUUAUACAUGCUAAUCACGGUAAUGAGGAAGUAGUAAAUUAUUUACGCGAACAGCUUGGUCGAGGAAGUACAUCUGCAGUUCGACAUGGAGCGUGUUUGGGACUGGGAUUGGCAGCUAUGGGUACAUUUGAUGAGAAGGCAAUGAUUUUUAGUACUUGGAGUCAGCGGGAAACUACUGAUUUCUCAGAACUUGACAGUGAAGCGGCCGGACUGAGCAUGGGACUGGUCAGUGUUGGCGGUCUGCAACAUGCAAUUUUUGAAGAUAUGGUGCAGUAUAUGUGCGAAACUCAGCACGACAAAAUUCAGCGUGGUUUAAGAACUGGAAUCGCUUUAUUGGCAUAUGGUAGACAGGAAGAAGCAGAACGUUGGGUAGAGCAAUUGAUGGAGCAUAAAUCAAACGCAAUGCUUCGUUCGACUGCUGUUUGCAUGUUAGCUAUGGCAUAUGCAGGUUCUGGAAAAGCAGAUGUUGUCCGUCGUUUGCUGGCAAAAGUUGCUGCAGAUCCUAAUCAGGAUGUUAAACGAUUUGCGGUGAUUGCAAUUGGGUUUGUACUGAGCAAGUAA